AUGCAAUACAUUCGAUCUCCGAUCAAUACAAUAUGUUUAGGUCAAGCUGCAUCAAUGGCUUCUUUGCUGUUGGCUGCUGGUGCAAAGGGUGAAAGACGAUCUCUUCCUAAUGCCACCAUCAUGAUUCAUCAACUUUCCGGUGGAUACAGCGGGCAGGCUAAAGACAUGGCCAUUCACACGAAGCAGAUUAUUAGGGUUUGGAAGUCUUUGAAUGGGCUUUAUGCAAAGCAUACUGGACAAAAUGUUUCUGUGAUUCAGAAGAAUAUGGAUAGGGAUUGUUUUAUGACUCCUGAAGAGGCGAAAGAGUUUGGGAUUAUAGAUGAAGUGAUGGAUGAGAGACCCUUGACUUUGGUUACUGAUGCUGUUGGAUGUGAAGGGAAUGGAGUGAAAUUGGAUUGA